CGGAGCUUUAUAAAAUAAAUUGCCACAAUAGAUAUAAUCAGUCAGUCAACUUUAUACAUAACAGGAGUUGACCCAAAGUGCUUUCCAAGAACAUAUAUAUAGACAGUCUACAAGACGACAUCAAGUCCAAAGGCAGGUUGUGCAAUGAUGUCAGGGUUGGCUGCGCUGUGUCUCCUGCUCCUGCAGACUGGAGCUUUUGGGUUUAAUAUAGGGCUUUUCGGAGGAGACUCACUGAGUCAUCAGAUGAUCAGUCAGAGUGCAGUUUUAAAUACCACCGUGCAGGUGUGCCGCGCAAUGGCCUUGGCUGAGGGAAUAGACUUCACUUUUCCUCCACAGCCUUUUACUGCUGAGUCUGUUGCUGUUGCCUGUCAAGCGUCAAAAUCAUCCAAGAGCUUCAGCCAAACCAUCAGUUUAAUCCAAAAAAACAACUGGCGAGUAGACAUCUUUCAUGUCUUUGACUCAAUGUAUCACUUUGACGAUGAGAGUUUUUCAGAGGGAAGGAAAAUCAUCACAGAAGGAUUAUCAGCUGUGAAGGCCAGCAACAAGUUACAGAACUUUGGGGCAGCAAGAGAAAAACUGGGAGAAAUCUUACACACUUUACAGGAUUUCUACAGUCAUAGCAACUGGGUGGAAAUGGAAAACAAACUCCCAAACUCCAAUCUGAUCAGAUCAGAUACCAGCAUUGGGAACAUUGCAGCUAAAACCAGAGCAACCUGUCGCAACUGUAAUGGAGACGACUGCAAAAACAACAUUUUGGAGGACAUCCUACAGGAAAAGAUACUUACCUCUGGAUAUUUCGGUCUUGUGCCUUUUUUCUCCACCAAACCGAAUGGAAAAUGCAGCCAUGGAGGUUUCCUUGAUCAAACAAGUAGGAUCGAGCCUAAAGGUGGGAUCAACAAAGACGAGAGAAGCGCGAGUCAUGGACAUCUCCACUUUACAGCAGCAAAUAUGGCAAUAGCUGCAACCAGUGAGCUACUAGAGGACGUUCGAGGGGCUGCUGGUGACAGAGCAUUCCUGCAAAUGAUGGGACUCUCCAAAGGAUCUGGUAAAGCUCUGUGUUUCGUCAUCGACACAACAGGAAGCAUGAGCGAUGACAUUGAAGCAGUGAAGGAUGUCACUUCCUCUAUAAUCGACAGUAAAGUGGGAACAGAGAAUGAGCCCUCAGUUUACAUUCUUGUACCUUUCAAUGAUCCAGAUUUUGGGCCACUAACAAAGACUACAGAUCCAAAAGUCUUCAGGAAUACUAUUAAUUCACUGUCAGCAAGCGGUGGAGGAGACACGCCAGAAAUGAGUCUUUCAGGGCUGCAGCUGGCUUUAACUGGCGCUCCUUUAAAUUCUGAGAUCUUCCUCUUCACGGAUGCACCUGCCAAAGACACAUACCUGCAAAGCACAGUGCUCGCACUCAUAGAACGCACUAAGACAGUGGUGAACUUCAUGAUUACUAACAUACUGGGAUCUCGUCGUAGAAGACAGAGUGGUAAUGACCAACAACAACAACAAAGUCGGAUGGUAAAAUCAGAUGCUCAGCUGUACAGAGACCUGGCUCAGGCUUCCGGAGGUCAGGCUAUUGAAGUCACAAAGAGUGACCUCCCAAAUGCCACUAGCAUCAUAACAGAGUCCUCCAGCCCCUCUCUGGUGACCCUUCUGCAGGCGGCCAGGAGUCCAGGAAAGACAGAAAAUUUCACCUUCACAGUUGAUGAGUCAGUAAGAAACCUUACAGUUUACCUCACUGGGAGCUCUGCGAUCUUUACUCUCAUCAGUCCCUCAGGUGAAUCACAGCAAAGCACGGACAUGACAGGAGCAUUGAUCGCUGCAUCCCAGUCAGUCGGAAAUUUCAAGACUCUGCAGCUAAAAACACAAGUGGGACUGUGGGAAAUUGAAAUGGUUUCAACAAGUCCCUACAGUCUCAAGGUUGUAGGUGAGAGUCCCAUUGACUUCCUGUUUGACUUUUUGGAGGUAUCGCAGGGCCCGUUUGGAGGUUUUGAUGUUGUAGACAAUCGUCCCAGAGCUGGUGUCAACAGUAGUCUGAUGGUGACGGUAACUGGGAGUGACACCACCACGGUGACAGAAGUGAUCCUUGUUGAGUCAUUGGGGUCAGGAGAAGUUAAUGGCAGCGUGGAGGCUCAGGGUGGAGGACACUUCUUAGCUCAGUUUGACAGGAUACCAUCACAGGAGUUUGUGGUGCUUGUAAAGGGGCAGAACAACAUCGGUUCCUCCAAAGAGUCCUCAGUGAUGUUCCAAAGGCAGUCACCCACCAGCAUCAGAGCCUCUACUGUGACUGUUACAGCUGGUGAUUCACAGAGUGUCUUAGUACCAGGAACACCACUUUCAGUUCCCUUCUCAGUGACGACUGAUGGUGUGGGAGGAAACUUCAAGAUCCAAGCUACCAAUGACCGAGGUUUUACUUUAACAUCCCCAUCCACUUUAUUCCUGGAAACUGGAGGCAGUGCUGAUGGUACAGUGAAUCUCACUGCACCUCUUGACACCCCAUCUGGUACUGACGUCACCCUGACUGUUGAGGCUGAGGCUCCGCGAGGUGCAGACACCAACUAUGUUGUUCUGCGUUUCACUGUCCUUAAAACGGUGACCGAUUUCACUCAGCCAGUGUGUCAGCAGCUCAGACUGCAGUCCAACUGCUCUGAUGAUUGCACCUUGUCCAUGUGGGAGCUCUCUGUUCAGGUGACUGAUGGGGCUAAUGGGACGGGUAUUGACCGUGUAAGCCUCAGACAAGGCAACGGUACCAUGAAUACCAGCCUGGACGCUGACAACAAUAACAUAACGCUGGUGUUCUACAAUGCAUCUUGCUGUUCGCCUGAUGUGGAGCUGCUGGUUGUGGAUCGGGUGGGUAAUGUAGGCUCCUGUGUCUACAGUGUCCGGACAACGGCUACCGUCACUACACAGCCUUCAACAUCUACACAGCCUUCAACAUCUCUUGUGUCUUUCUCCACCAGAGUUGUUCAGUCUUUUCUUCCUUGCCUUAGCAUCACAAUCUCAGGCCUCAUUUUAGUGUGGCAAAGAGUUACAUUUUAAAGUGUUCUUUUGGCUUUGGAAAAUCAACUACAUACUCAGUCAGUUGCCUGUUCAUUUGAUACACAUAGCUAAAACUAAAACAUUCCACUACAACAGCUCCACAAUAAAUCCUAUGAAUUAGUUUGCUUGAGCUAAAGGUGACGUUAUCAAAAUGAUCCAAACACAAAAAUCUAAAGAUAUGCAGUUAAGUUCUUAUGAUGGCACUGGCCAGUACCAUGACAACACUGAAUAUGCCAUCCAUUACCAUACAUUUACCACAGUAGUUUUUCGUGGAGGAUGGUUAUAAUGUUCAGUUUUUAUUGAAUUAUUUUGCUACGUGAACCUAAUCACCUGCCAACUGAGUGUAUGUACAACUGUGUGAUUAAUCUUACUGUAAAACUAAUUAAAUUCUUUAAGCUAUGCAAUUUGUUACCCAACUUUAAAGUAUGUAUUACAGGGUGCUUGAUGCCAUUCUAACUUUUUAAAAAGCUUAACGGGGUUGUGAAUAUGUCAUUAUUAAGAUAUAGACCAUGUGAACACACAAUCAAGGAUCAUGCAUUCAUAUUUUGAGUACUAUUGAUAAUACUGAUAUUAAGUUGUGGAAAGGUAUUGUUGAUUGAAUGAUUAGAUUUCUUUGAUCAUUUAAAAUUAAACAUACAUUUGAGGCCUGCUUCUCAUACAGCUGAUUAAAAACAUGGUGACACAA